UGAAGAGUCCUGAGCCCAGAACAGCUGUGGGUGAAGCUGGGGAACUUAGAGGAUGCAGAGAAAAUACCUAGAGGUGGUCCUGGAAAGAACUCUAAGAAAUCUGCUGUGAAAGAGCCCCCAGGGGCGCUCAGGAAGAAAGAAGGCUGGCUUAAAGAGAUCGAGCCCGGGUCCAAGAGUUCUGGAGGACAGACUUGCUGGGAGGAGAUUGGGGAUCCAGUGCAGAGAGAACCCCGAGGGCAAUCACGGCGGGAGAGAACCCCAGUGUGGGGAGCGGAUCGAGCGAGGAAAUAGAUAGCUGAGCGGAGAUCUACCUAUCAGAGACCCCCAGCGGGGGAUCACACUGGAGAGACCGUGAAGGGCGAUCACUUGGAACUAACCCUGAGAAGUAUGGCACGAGGAGAACUCUGAAGGCGAUCAUUGAGGGGGAGAACCUUAAGCAACGUUUUCCUAAUACUGGAGGACUUGGAGGGGGUGGAAGAGAGAGGGUCGUGGAGAGCACCUAGAGAGGCUUCGCGCGGGGAUCGAGCUUGGUUUGGGAAAGCGUGGGCUUCCCGAGGGCAGCGCUGGCACAGAGCACCUGGCGCUGAGCAGCAGCGAAGGAGGAGGACGAGGAAACAGGAGGCUGACUCACGUGGGCCGGGGGGGCACAGGCUAGAGACUCGGGAUGGUUUCCCUCUCCUUGCUGUGGUGGAAGAGAUCUGGGCUAGAAGAGGAAGAAACUGAGGCACAGCACAGAGAAGGGACUUGCUCAAGGCCACCAAAACUUUUGGUGAGCUCAGCAUCCUCUUCCUACCCUGCUGCUGAGGCCUCCUAGGACCAUGGAGACUCCCAAUGGGACAGAGCCUUGGUACGAGAGCCUGCAGGCAGUUCUGAGAGCCCUGAAUGCCACACUCCACAGGAGCCUUCCUUGCCGACCAGGACCAGGACCAGGACCACUGCUGGGUAACCAGACCCAGGCUCCCCAGACUGGCCGAGAUGACAAUUCCUACAUGUACAUCCUCUUUGUCAUGUUUCUCUUUGCGGCCACAGUAGGUAGCCUCAUCCUGGGCUACACUCGCUCCCGCAAGGUGGACAAGCGCAGCGAUCCCUAUCACGUCUACAUCAAGAAUCGGGUGUCAAUGAUCUGAUGCUGUGGGGAUGGCGAGGAGGUGGACCCAGCCCCCUGAUACUGGGAGAGUCCUGAGGCGCCGGCUGGCAAGUGGGAUGCCAACAUUCCAGCCUUUCAGAUUCUGAGGCUGAAUCUGGCUAGACCAAAGAUCAUCCUAGGAUUUAGAGCUAGGCCUACAAGGUCCAACCCUCUCACUUUACAGAUUGUGGACACUGAAGCCCAGAAAGGGAAAGCGGUUUACCUGAGGUCACACAGGUGACUCAGUCCCUCUGUGCUCCCAUGUGUAAUUCAGUUCACCAAACAUUCACUGCUCUGUUCACAGUGCUGUGGUCGGACACAGCAAAGAAUAUGACACAGUCCAUGUUGCCAUAUACCUUAUACUCUGGUAAAGGAGACAUGUGCACAGAUAAUCAUAAUACAAAGUAGAAUAUGCUAAGGACCAUAAUGAAAGUACCGACACAGGGCCGGAUGGGCAGAGGUACUCAAAAGGAGAGAACACUUCUAGCUAGGUGAUGAUCAAGGUUGGCAUCUGGGUGAAGGGGAGGGGGUGGAGGAGCAGGGAAGACUUCCUGAAAGAAGAGGCAGCACUUGAAUUGUGUGUGUGUGUGUGUGUGUGUGUGUGUGUGUGUGUGUGUGUGUGUAUCAGACAACGCAAUCAUAGAAAAUAAGGUCUGGGCCACAAGAGGCAGGCAUGCCAUGACGUUGCAGCACAGGAGACUCAGAAAAGCCAGUUGAGAGACCUGAUGGCAGUCUACUCUGGGAGGCAAUUGCUGUGACCAGGCAUUUUCCUAGCAACAAUGAACAAAAAUGAGUAUAUGGAAGAAAAUGAUCUUGAGAGCAGCCAAAUCUGCAGUGGGAGGCCCAGAGGCAUGGUGCAGUCUGAUUGAGGUGUAUUGUGGACAUAACAGACAGAAGACUGAGGAAUUUGGGGAUCUCCCCCAGUUGCAGCUGCCUUAGGCUCUGGGGUCAGCACUUCCUCAUUGUGAGUUAAUGUCCACUCCCUGUUAAUUUCCGAGUUUCGCAGCUCAGGGUUUGGAUACCAUCUGGGUGUCUCAGGAAAACGGGGGUGCCUGAUUGGCUCUAUUUGUCUGUAUCUGGGUAGCAGAAGUGAGCCAGGGGCAUGGCACAUGCUGCUCUGAUGACAUUAAGUGACCUCUGCUGAUUUAGCUGGUCCUACAAAUGUCAGUCUGAAGCUCUCCCUCUCCGUCUCCCUCAUAAUUAAGGAUUAAUUUAAAGGAAGAGCCUGACAUUUGUGGAGGAUUUCAAAACAGAGCUAUUGAGAGAGGUGAAGGAAGUCCAGGCAAAGGGAAUAGUUGGUAAGCAGGGCCACAGAAAAGGGAAAGGAUGAAACUUUGGUUCACCUCAUCUGGUUAAGACAUAGAGUACGUGAUGGGGAGCAGUACAAGAAAGCACUGAUAAAGGAGGGCAGACUUCAAGGCUCGAAAGACUUUGAAUGCCACAGUGAGGAGUCUGAACUUUGCCCUGCGGGCUAUUUGGAGCCAGAGGAGAGAGAUGGGUUCUUAAAAGCUGUACUUUGGGAAGAUGAGCAUCAGGGUGUGAAGGAAGAGAAGAAGGACAAUAGACAAUCAUAUACCUCACUCCAGAGUUUUAGAAAUCCCAGCCUGGGCCUCAAGAGCAAGUAGCUGAGAUAACCAGUAGGCACACUGAGCCAGAUGCCUUGGCCACCACCUCCACUGUUCCAUCCUCGGGAAUGGAAAAGGCCAUGUUCCUACCCACCAAGCUUCACGAUGUCACCUUUGACCAUCCAGCAAGAAAUUGGUCAGAAGGACAGGGGACUGACGCCUGGUGGAUGGACUGAGUCAAUAAUGGAAAAGAGAAGAUCGGGGGCACAAGGGGAGGCAGAGAGGAGAGAAUCAGUGGACUGAGCUCCUGGAAUAUCUUCUUCCAUUGAAAAUAAUAACAAUUCCUCAAGUCUGUGUAAAGCUUAA